UUUGGUGCUGCGUGAAAACAGCAAUGGUUACACACAGCGCCCUUUUCGUUCUCGCUCUUGUGAGUGUUUCGUACGGUCAAGCGCCAAUGGGCAACGGCACAGACGAAACCAUCCAUUUGACACUCAUGGAAAGUCACUCAAGCAACGUACUGGCAAGUCUUAACGUCACAAUUGAGAACUUCUCCUCCACAAGGACGGUGUACAGAGACACCAACCUGCGAUGCUUUUCAAUCAUUUCGGAGGGUGGCAAGAUGAACAGGGUCGUGUUCAGCAGAAGUGGACUACGGGAUACGAGAACCGGAAGAACGUUUUUGUAUGCUUUGCACAUACAAGACGAAGGAAAAAUCAGGUGCGAAUACAAGCCAUGGGGCCUGGUUCUUCAAGCGAGCAAUGAGAUUUUCGUCCGAUUUGGACACAAUCAGGUCUCCGUGGUUAAGUUGGAGCCCAGCAUCGACAUUUCAACACUCCAAAUGGCAUUGAUGAGCAGCACAGUUCGCAGGAAGGCUGCAGAUCCGAAUGUAUAUCACAUCGAGUCUGAAUAUGUCACCCAAAAUCCUUUUGCGGACAGACUGAAUAUUCAAAAUCUGAAUCAAAAGCUUGUGCAGACUCUUGGUCCCAGGGUACGAGUUGAGUACGUAAGAAGCACCAAAUACUGCCCGCCGAUCGACGAAUUUGGCAUUCCCCCAACGUUCACCACGAAUAGUACGUACGUUUCGGCCGACAACAAAGUGUUGCAUUGCAUCGGAGACUAUUACACCGGCGCCUACUGGGAUGAAACGGAGUUGGCUGCACUUGGAUACAACCGCGGAGCGCUAACCACCGUUGAAGCGCUGAAGAUUUUCUCAAGACAACUCACGGACCUUAAGCAUCCACAAAAACUUGCGGUUAUUGCAAAUCAAUACGAGAAUUUCGCAACUGAUGAUAGCGGACUACUGAAACAAGCGAAAGCUCAAAACAUCAGCAACGAGCUCCUCAUCAACUUGGACGCCGCACUCGUCAGCGCUAAACUGGUCAAUGGUUCCGAAGAAGAAAACAGGAAGCACUUUUCCGCUCGGGUUGAGGAUUUGAAUCAGACAAAAUCAGUUGGAGUGAUUGUCAUGGAGAGGUCUGUAGACAAGAAUGAAACCCAAAUGCUUCUUCCGAUACUGAAGGACUCGGAUAAUAAUAUGGUGAUGGACCCAAGCGUAAGUGCUGGGGUGAGACUUCCUGAAAGCUUGCUGGAGAGAGAGAAUGUUUCAAAGAGGCUGGUGGUGACGGUGUUCCGGGAAACAGCGACACUCUUUAACGAACACAUUAGCACGACGAGUGUGGUCAACGUUAAUCUUGGCGGCGUGCACCACAAGGACUUGAAGAAUCCCGUAAUAAUUUGGUUUCGCAGAAACGCGUCAGCACCUCUUGGAGUUUGCGUUUUCUGGGAUUUCUCACUAAGAAAUGGAGCCGGCAACUGGUCAACAGAGGGAUGCUCACUGAACACCACGCAUCAGUUGCCUAACUCAAGCUACGUUAUAGACGAAUGCCACUGCUGGCACAUGACCCACUUUGGAGAAAUCAUCUGGAACUCUGACGAGGAUUUCAUUAGCUCGGAAUAUGCCAAAAUGGAGAUGGAGCUGGAGCAGAUCAGCGUGAUCGGAUGCAUAGUUUCCCUGGUUGCUUUGUCAGGCGUGUUCAUCUCAGCGGCCGUUUCACCAAAAUGGCUCAGAGGCGUCGGCCAGAAGAUCCUGCUGCAAAUGGCCAUCAGCUUCGCCUUGCUGCUGUCCAUUUUCCUGGUGGCAACGUUCGUCAGCCAACAGCAGCUGGGAGAAGUAGGCUGCUUCUUCGUUGGAUUUUUCCUGCAUUACGCCAUCUUGAGCAACUUCUUCUGGAUGCUGGUGGCCGGCUACCUGCAGUACAACCGCCUGGUCAAGGUCCUCUACAGUCGCACGCCAAAGCUGCUGCUGAAGGCGUCUGUCAUAGGCUGGGGCAUCCCGGUCGUCCCCGGCGCCGUCACGCUCAUCUCCCAGAGUUUCUGGGUCUACAGCAAGCCCCCGCUGUACCUUCCCACUGGCCUCGCGUUCUACCUGACCACUUUCGCACCGCUCGUGGUCACCCUGGUGCUUAAUCUGUGCAUCUUCGCGGCAAUCGUGAAGAACAUGUACGUCAUGUCGGAGAAUGAGCCGAGAAAGCACGCAAACUAUUGCCUCUCGGUGACCAGAUUCAAACAGAUCGCCUUCCUCUUCGCGCUCUUCGGACUCAGCUGGAUCUUCGCUGUCUGCCAGGUGGCGUUCAAACAAUGGCGGAUCAUUUUCGCCUACCUCUUCUGUCUGACUAUCACCUUCCAGGGGAUAUUCUACUUCAUUUUCUUUGUGCCUCUGCACGAUCUCGUACAUGGAUCAUGGAGAACCCUGUUGUGCGGAGGAAGGAUGUUAUUCAAGAUGGAGUGGGGAAGCGAGCACUCCACUGGCACCACAUUCACCACCGCAAGCAGAGGAACCCGUGCCUCCCGGAUUUCAAGAGUGUCAUAUUUGCCACAGUAAAAUAAAACUAAAAUUUACUGAGCAAAGAAAAAAAUACACACGCAGGUUAAUCUAAUAAUUUUAAUACACCGAAUGGCUCUACUCCUACUCCGC